AUUGAGGAACAGAAGAGUGGCAAAUAGCAUUUAUCAUUAAGAGCAGUUGCUGCUGUGGCUAGGAGCGACCGAAGAGAGAAAUAUGUCGGCAUCAUCUCACAUGCUCUACCACCUCCUCCGUCCACCACCGCCUCAGACACCACCGCCACUACUACCACCUCCCUCUUCUUUCUUUUCUUGGUUUCUCGGACUCAAACCCCUCCUCAUCUCCACCACAACCACCGCCACCACAACAACAGCCACUCUUUCCAAACCCCUUCUCCAAACCCCACUUCGCAAAACGACCCACUUCGCCAAAUCUCUCCGUCCCCUCUUCUGCCACUCUCUCUCAAGUCUCGCAACCUCCCCUCCUCUUCCCAAUGACCCAUCUCCAUCCUUACAACACCCAGAAGAAGAAGAAGAUGAAGAUGAUGAUGAAGAAGAAGAGAUUGAAGAAUUUGAUGGGGAAGUUGAGAGUGGAAGCGAAGAGUUGGAAGCGGGAGGGAGAGAGGAGGAGGGCUCCCGUGUGAUGGGUGUGGGUUCUUCGUCGUCUUCAUUGCCGAGUCUGAGUGUGAAGGAGAAGAAGGAGCUGGCGUCGUACGCGCACAGCUUGGGGAAGAAGCUCAAGUCCCAGUUGGUGGGCAAGUCUGGUGUUACAGCUAAUGUGGUUUCUUCCUUCAUUGAAACCCUCGAAUCCAACGAACUUCUAAAGAUUAAAGUACACAGGACCUGUCCAGGGGAGCUAGAUGAUGUGGUCAAGCAAUUAGAGCAAGCAACUGGUUCAGUGGUCGUUGGUCAAAUUGGUCGAACAGUGAUCAUUUACAGGCCCAGUCUCACCAAGUUGAAGGCAGAGCAGAAAAAGAUGCAGGCUCGGAAGGCUUUCGUGAGAAAGCUGAAACCCACAUUGCCGAAUAGAAGACAUGUACCAACACCAUCUGCACGUGGUCAUCGAGGAAGCAGCAGGUUUAGGUUCGAAACUGACCUUUGAGGCAAUGCUUGUGUUGUAUUGAUUCUCCACGUUGAUUUUUGGUGCCAAUUUGGAGCUCCAAUUAAAAUGAACAGGGUAUCUCCAGACUUUUGGUCAUUAGGAGGUGCAUGCAGCCAAAGAGAGACCUUUGUAGUUUGUAUGCUUCAUGAUACUUGGAACGCGGCCUACAAUCCGAACCUGAGGACGGGUUUUUGGGGUUAGGUCACCCUUGUGGGAUUGCAACCUAUGUCUGGGUCAUUGUAGUACGUGUGUUGCCUAGGGCAUAAGGGGCAUGAUGACAUGAAUUAUGCUAUUUCCUAUUUAUACAUUUUCACUUGCUUCUGAAUUUUGAGAAUGAGACUAGUUACCAAGCUCAAUGCGCAAAUGAAUCUUAUUGUCUCUCUUCCACCCA